AUGGCGUUUACGUCCAAGGCCAUCUCUGACGUUGCCUUGUCCAAAGGGUCAGUUACGAUAGCUGGCAUGGUCGAAAGAGGCUUCGAGGGCAAGGGCAUAAAGUGCGGGUCGGGGCAAGUGGCACAGCCCAGAGGGUCCUCUCCCACGCCGUCCACCCUAGGUCGUACCGUCCGCACCUUCAACGUGUGUUCGUCUCUUCAAAGGCCGAACUCGUCUCAAGUGCGUCGCCACGAUCGCCCGGCCCGCGGCAUAGACCAGCGAUUGCAUGCGUCCCCAGGUGCCGACAGCCGUCGCGACACCCACUCGUGGAUACUGGUCGAGGAGAGGAACAUGGAAGGGCACCCGGACCGCCCAGCGCACAGGGCGAGCGACGUCGAGGUGAAGCCACAAAAUGGUGGGGUCAAUGAGGAUAUCGCAUGGCCUGAGCUUGAUCUGUUCGUCAGUGACGACCUGGCAGGGCUGGGGAGUCUCGCGGAAGACGACCCGGUUAUGCCCGACUGGCUAUUUGCGGAAGCGGAGGACGCCGUGCAGACCAACGAGGUGCAGGCAAUUCCCGACCUCGGCGCAGAGCUUGCUCGUCCGGUGAACGCCGGAGAUGAGGAUUUCGCGAGAUGUCGACUUUUUGAGCGGGUCGCUAGGGAGCUUUGGUCGGCCGAGCAGAGGAAAGUCGGGACGAAGACGACGGGCCGGCGGCCACCAGGGGAUCCGAUUGACCGGAAGGCCGAUGCGUGGUGGGCCGGCAAAGCAGAGCCGUCAGACACCCCAACGGCGUCGGGUGAACCGCCGGAUACCGCAUGGGCAGACGCGCCAAAUACGGAACAGAUCCGGCACUGCGUCCCAUUCUUUCAGUCUAUCGCCAUCCAGUUCCACAUUCUCAACCAGGCUAGGCCUGAGGGUGCCGGCCGUGGCCCAGACUGGCAGACGGCAACCGACAGCGGCGACGGAGGCGACAAUCCUCGAUGGCCUUCGGUGGCCGAACACAGGAAGCAUUCGAGAGGAACAACUGGCUGA